AGCGCGUCCAGUAGUGCAAGCCGCCUUCGGAUGCGAGGGUUCAAAUUGGGAUUCAGAUCAGCCUAUUAAAGCAUAAUUGUGUGUUUGCGCUUAGGGCAGUCAUUAAUUUCGGCAUAAAUAAAACAUUGGGUCAGUUCCGGCGCCCGUUUAAUCCCAAACAUCGCGAUAUGAAUCACGCUCAACCCUCUGUCAACGCCGAUGAAGUGCUCUAUAAUUUGACGCCGCGCUCCGAACUGCCUCUGGAGGUAUGUGUCUAACGAGACAACAUUGUAUUAACCUCCAGAAAAUUGACCUGCUGCAACUAAUGCACGGUUCACAUCAGGGCCGCCGUGCGCGAAUUUACCCCACUUUAGGAUGACUUCCCGGAGAGAGCAGUUUCAGCCAGAGGGCGAAGAUAUCGAACUGAGCACGCUAGGGGAGGGCAGCGAGCAACCCUUGAAAAAGGAGUCAAGUGGAUGCUUGAGCUUCUUCAAAAAUACAUGGAAGAAGUUCAUUGAGAUCAGACCCAGUCGCUACGAUGACCUAGACAGCUUGGAGAGAUAUUACUUAAACUCGGAGCUCGAGGACUUGGAGACACCGCCGCGCUACCGCCCGGACAGCUUGGAGGCCCUUUGCAAGGCGACCAGGUUCACGCAAGCGGAAAUCAAGAGGAUAUAUCGCGGCUUCAAGGCGGAGUGUCCGACUGGUGUCGUUAAAGAAGAGACGUUUAAAAUGAUUUAUUCGCAGUUCUUUCCACAAGGUGCCAACACCAGCCAAUAUGCUCAUUACGUGUUCAAUACUCUGGAUCAGCAACACAGCGGACUAAUUAGCUUUGAGGACUUCGUGCAGAAUUUGUCCAUUUUAUCGCGAGGUUCACUAGACGAGAAACUGCGCUGGGCUUUCACCUUGUACGAUAUUAAUGGAGAUGGGUGCAUAACGCGCGAGGAAAUGACGGACAUUGUUAGUGCGGUUUAUGAUUUGAUGGGGAAGGUGGCGGAGCCGUGCGUUGACGAAGACACCGUCAAGGAAAAGGUCGACAGGAUAUUUCAGAAAAUGGACAAGAAUAAGGACGGCGUCGUCACUUUGGACGAAUUUCUCGAGUGCUGCAGGAAAGACGAAGACAUCUCUUCUUCCAUGGCUGUUUUCGAUUCAUCGAUAUGACGUUCACCAGUCGGCGUUCGUCCACCGCCCUCCUGGACAUGAACGAAUGCCGACCGCGAUACAAUGACCAACGUAAUUAAAUUAUUUAAAACAGUGAUAAAUUAAUAACAAAACGAUUUAUGAAAAGCCAACAAGCUGCGGUGUGGGACGAAUUACCGGAACGAUAACUCAUCUCGGGGUUCGCUGGCUUUGCGGUUCGUUUGACACCGUAAGUUUGUACAUUUAUACCAAAUUUCUUACAGUUUUUAUAAAAGAGGAUGUAGAUAAAAUAAUAUAUUUUAAAUAUAUAGAAACUAAACAUCAGAUAAAUAUAGCAUAGAUAAAUAACAAAUAUUAUUUAAGCAAAUGUACCUAUCGCAUUUUUGCAUUAAUUACCAAAAAAAAUUGCUGCUAAUGCGGUUUAUUUAUUCUGCUAAAAGUCGCUUGAUUUGUAAUAAGAUUACUCAACCGUUUCACCAAUGGUUUAGAAUUUUUGUUACCCUAAAGUAGAUAUUUUUAUAUUGUCCAACAAAAUUGUGGAAUUGGGUAUAAAGCUUUUAAAAGUUUCCCCAAAAUUCGGGUAUUAUUCGGGAAACGUCUUAGCGAUAUAAAUAAAGCGACGAUAUCAUUACUAGUGAGCCAUAUUCGUUAGACAUAUCUGUAUGUCACUAUAUAAAGUCUAGAUUAUAUUAUUGUUGAUAUAUGUAAGACUGUUCAAUGUACUAGGAUCUAAAUGUGUGAUGUAUGUUAGUCAAAAGAUUGACAAUAUUUUGGUUAGAAAAACCUAAGAUACCUAAAUUAUGUAGCUUUUUUAUUACGACAGUUAUUUUAUAAUGGAGCGUCUAUGGUGCUAUGUACCAAGUUGAUAAGGAUAAUGUUCUUCUAUAUGUUGUUAAUGUUUAUCAUUUCUGUAUAUGUUUAAUGGGUAAAAAUUAGAGCUGUGCCAAAUACGAACGUUACAAAAAAAGCUGCAAGGCGCAGAUUACGUUUAUUUGUAGUAAGGCUUACUGUUACCAAAAUAUGGUCGAGAUAAUCCACGCAUAUUCCUAAUCCUCAUCCUAAUCACUGUUUAUAUCUGUAUAGAGUAGUCUAAGGCCCAUUUUAAUGUUACCCAUCUAAAUAACUCAUUGUUAUUUGUAAAUAAGACAAGUCAGGAGAUCUAUUAUGUACUCAUUUUUAAUGUUAUAAACAUAUUACAAACCCUA